AUGUUGGCCUCGUCACGCCAGCCUCGUCACGCGUUUGUUGAGCACCACCACCAGCUUUCCUCGUCCACCCUUCACCGGUCAAGCUCCCCACAGACGGGAACUUUACGCCAAGACGCGACCACCCCGACACUUGCAACGUCUGUAGGUCCAUCCAUGGAUCGCAGCGCGUCGGAUUACUCGCAGUCAGGUUUGCCUUCGCCCUAUCCUAGCAACUGCGGCGACAACCAGUCUGAGGCCCAAUCUGUGACCGUAGACACCUCGUCUGCUGCGCAAUACAACGCAUCUGCGCAGCAAGAAGUGCGUUCGAACAACCCAGGCAACUACUCGGCCUCUGCGACACCCACGUCCGAGUACGGCGUCUACCCAGCUUCGGCGCGGUCGAGUUCCUUUCCGGACCACCUCCAACAGAGAUCAUACCACCCGGCCAGCAAUCAUAGCGGCAGCAGUGGAGGUAUGGCGCAAACACCAACAAGUCCGUCCGCAUCCCUGCCUCAGGAUGCACGUCAUCGCAGCUACCCAGCUGUCCACCAACGGGAUAUCAAGUCUGACUCGGGAGGUGCACCCAUAGAUCCAUCCAUCGCCGCUCCUAGCCCAACGUACGGGGCUCCCGCCCAAUACUCGCCGUACGGGCCCCCUUCGCAAGACAUGUCGCACGGUUACGCGCAUCCCGGUAGCAACCUGUAUGCCCAGCCGCGACCAGAUUGGUCUGGGUAUGGGCAGCAGCACGGUGCUCCGCUGACCCCCGGCCAUCACGUCUUUCCACAAACGCCAACCUCGGCACCGCCUCAGGCGCGACCUAACCAGGUUUACUCUUUCGUGCCAAUACCCGGCGCGCAACAACACAAACGCCCCAGGCGACGAUAUGAAGAAAUUGAGCGCAUGUACAAGUGUGGAUGGCAAGGUUGUGAAAAAGCCUAUGGCACGUUAAACCAUUUAAACGCCCAUGUGACGAUGCAGUCGCAUGGCCAGAAGCGCACUCCAGAAGGCAAGUUACUCCCAUUUUCCAUUCAAAGUUCAACCCCCCAUUUGAAAUAUGGUUCAUAUGGGUUUUCGCGCCCUUGCGAAAAGCAUGCAAGCCUAGUCUGGCGGAUAAAGUUCAAGGAAAUUCGUAAGGAGUGGAAGGCCCGCAAAAAGGAGGAAGAGGCUGCGCGCAAGGCAGACGAGGAACGCCAGCGCCAAGCGGCCCAAAGCCAAGGGGGUUCAACCGAAGGCCAGACCGGCUCCGACGUAUCUCAAUCAUCCAACGGCUACGCGGGAGCCCGUGGCGCCGUACAGUUGCCCCCAAUCGGCUACCAAGCAGGCCAGUACCCAGCGGCGACGUCGACUUCGGUACAGCAGCAGCCACUCCCCGAUUAUAACGCCAGCUAUAUGCAAAGCUACCAGCCGGCCUCGCCCUAUGGAGGGUCCAACCAGGCCAUGUAUAAUCAACAAGACGGCAUGGAUUCCAAGCACUUGAGAAUGUGAAGAAAGUCGUGGCUUUGGGUAUGAUGGCAAGAGGGUGGGACGGACAGUGACGACCGACGGCGAUGACAGAAGCAGCAUCUUCUGGGCCGUUCUGGAGAGUUCUGCCUAGAGUCUGACCCAGUCUGCCUUGAUGGCCUCGGACUAUUUUACAACGACACGCGCCGCAAACUCAUCAUCUAUCACACAAGACGCAACAAUGGAUCUUAGCUGGUUCCCACAAAUAAUUACAACCUCAUUAGACGAACGCCAACAUCGAAGACCACAUCGAAUACCCAGGCUACCCAAUCGUUUUAAUGUCAAACUUUCAACAAUCAUCAACAUUCUUUCUGCAUAGCAAAGGGGGGAGGGCGUUUGUACACGGCAACAUGCAUUUCGCUGGUCUCAACCACUAACCCGAGCGCCACUGCUGUGAGGGUUUAUUGUAUCAUUGCAUACGAUCUUAUAAGAGGUUUCGCACGCGCGAUACUUUUUAGUCCCUAAUGUCUUUGGGGGGUGUUUGCUUCCUUUUUUUUUUAUUUUCUGUCUGCCUUAUUUGUUUUCUCUUUUUGUUUUUGUUUCGUUUCGCUUAUGGUGUUUGUUUCUGGCAGCUUCUUUGGAACCAUUAUUUUUUUCUUCUUGUUUUCCACUGGAGAAAGCAUCUGUUUAUAGGAUGCAUGGGGGAUUGAAACGGUCGGGAUGGGUAGAGUUUGAUGGGAUGGAUGAUAUAAAGGUUUUGAAGCAGGAAGCAAACCAGGCCCAGCUGAACGGAAGUGGUUGGAGUAAGUGCACUGAAAGCGCUUUAGCAGCAAUUACAGUAAUAAACGGGCUUGGAUUCAUUACAUGGUCUGGGUAACCCUCUGAGUUACUCACGGCGUUGGUGUACAUGCACAAGGGCGAAUAAAAAAUUAUUCGAAGUUUGGAAGGGGAGCUAUUUUGCUUGCAGAUUCCUUUGAUUCCUCGACAUAACAUUCGUGGAGAUGGCAUGAUAGACAGACGGAUGGAAAACAGGGCUGCAGAAGUGGGAAUGGCGAGCACGGCCAGGAAACACUGCAUUUUCCCAUCGUCGGUGUGAACGGCUGCAGUGGACUGACAAGGUACCCAG